CCCUAUCCUAAUCCUCCCCCCGCCGUUCUUUCCUUUUCGACGAGCAAUUCCAAUUGUCCGGCUUCACUCUUUCGCUGGUCUUUUUGAAUUGUUUUCUCUACUACUCUACUCGGGUACCGGUAUACAAAUAGAAACAAGGAAUAAUCUCACGUUCACUGUAUCUUCUCGAUACCUCACGGUAUUCGUUUCCACUCACUCUUCGUUAAGUUUGUUUAGUCGCACAAUUCGGCCCUAUAAGUGGUGAGCCCCCCGCUAAUACCCCUCAUUUAUUCAACCGCCGCGCCGCGCGUUGUUAGCUGGAUCGGCCAGCUGCGUUGUCCGCUUCCGCCUCAUUCGAAAUUCUGGGUUUAGACUUGCCUCUUGCCUUUAUCUCACUGUGCUGAACUUUUUUGCACCAUACAUGCACAAUCGUUUUGCCUGUCCCCACACCCCAGUUACAACUUGGUUUUCCCACAGCUGGCUGGCUUCCUCUCCGUUUUACGCCCUUGAUUCUAUUUUCCCUCUUCAUGACGUGCCUGUCUUAUAAUUUUUGUUGUCGCUUUUGCUGAUGAGACAUUGCUAAGCGGCUGAGUCAGCCACGAUCAUUACUAGUACAUUACUUUAAUCGACAAAAUACCCCCGCCCCUCUCGUCCAGAAAUAGGUUGUCCGUUUGUUGGCACCCUCAGUCCUGUUCGCUUGCUGGUUUUACGAUAUUCUGAGAGCCAACAAAAACAACAAGUAAUAAUAUAAUAUCGUCCUUUCGCGAUGCCUGCUAUCAUUACACGCCGUGACGACGGCCACCCGCCGAGCACCCACGAGAAUAACACCAUGACCCAUCUCCUCAUUGUUCUAGUCGUUUUAGUUUCCUUCGGUUUGGCCCUUGGAGGCUCACUCUUCUUCAUCCGCCGCAUUCGCAGAGGCCGCAAAGUUGCUGGUGCCCUUCCCUCUUACGAAGCAUCGAACAAGAAUCACCGUGGCCUUACAAUCUCUACUCGUGACUCCGUCCUUGUAUGCUCCGAGAAACAACACCUGAUCGAUACCUCAUCACCAAUGCCUCUUACACCCGAGAGUAUUCCCGAAAUCCGGAUCACAUUCCCGGAAGAAGAGGAUAAGCAAGGGCGUAGAGUCUCUGGCAGAGUCGUGGUUGUAGAGGUUGGUGAGGCUGGAGUUGGAUUUGUUCGUCCGUUGGAAAACGAUGGUCUUCCACCAUAUCAACAAAAAUUGGAGGAAAGAUUUGCAUCAGUCGACCUGGAUAGAAUUGGUGGAUUGAAAGAGAAGGAGACUGCUCCUUAAAGAACUCGACUGUUGGAAAAAGGUGAUGGCUGUGGUGGAUUACCUUUUUCACGCGAGUCCCUGGGGGUUUGUCCAUUCUUUUUCAUACGAACUUCUUUUUUUUCAUCACUUGUAUCGACUCCUUUUUUUUUUGGCGCAGGCGGAGAAACGAACGAACGGAGUCCAGCAGUCACUCGUUAUCCGGUCAUGUGUUCUAUUCGCCGAAACGAUGUGGAUCUCAUAUCACGCUUUACUUUAUGAGGGGGUUAUCUUGGUCACGGUUGGAUUUCUUUCGAUCUUUGGGAAUGGGAGCUGGAGGAAUAUCCCCCCGGAUAGAGAGAAGUGAUGAGCUACUUUACUUUCUUCCCACUCUCGUCGGAUGGGUACGAUAUCAAACAAAACAAAAACGACACCAACCAGUACAUAUUCGGCGUGGCUUUAAUUCUCCUUUCUCUUUGCGCCACCCUUUCCAACCAACUCCCACCGUUUCUUUCGUUCUUGGGUCCCUAUUUAACGUGUAAUAGUUGUUAAUUAUUUUGUACAUGUCUAUGGCUUUCUUUUCGUUAUAACACCCAUCACCUUCAUAUUUCUGGAAUCAGUCGUCUUUGAUACUCUUCUAUCCCAUCUGCACGUGUAUGAUAGACGCACGGUUGGAGGAGCUUUUGUCGAUACCCUUUUUUUUUGCUUCUUAUCAACUUCUAACCUAACCGUUUUCUUCUUUUCUUUACAUUUACGGUAUCCACCCUUGGAGAGGAGAAAGUACCCAGGUACCUUGAUGAAACUGUUGGGUUUGAAAAUUUUGUCAAAUAAUAUGGGCACCGGUAG